GGGGCUCGGCGCACCUCCGCGGGGCGGGGCCGGGGCGCGCCGCCCCCUCCUCCCGCCGCGCUCCUCCCACUCCCGGCCCGGGAUCAGCCCGCGACCUGGGAGCCCGCGCCCCGCGGCCUCGCCGCCACACUUUCCUGGGAGCGGCGGCCCCGCGGCACCAUGAAGAAGUCGUACUCAGGAGUCACUCGGACCUCCAGCGGCCGUCUCCGGAGGUUUGGUGACCCUGGCCCGGCCUUGAAAAGAUCUUUUGAGGUUGAGGAGGUCGAGACGCCCAACUCCACCCCACCCCGGAGGGUCCAGACUCCCCUGCUCCGGACCACGGUGGCCAGCUCCACCCAGAAAUUCCAGGACCUGGGUGUGAAGAACGCAGAGCCCGCGGCCCGCCAUGUAGACUCCCUAAGCCAGCGAUCCCCAAAGGCUGCCCUGCGGAGGGUCGAGCUCUCGGGGCCCAAGGCUGAGCCCGUGUCCCGGCGCACCGAAAUCUCCAUCGACAUCUCGUCCAAGCAGGUGGAGAACGCCGGCGCUGCUGGGCCGUCCCGGUUCGGGCUCAAGCGGGCCGAGACGCUGGGCCACAAGACGCCAGAGCCCGCCCCUCGGAGGACGGAGAUCACCUUAGUGAAGGCCCAGGAGUCAGCCCACCGGAGGAUGGAGACCCCCACCUCCAAGAUCCCCGAGGUGCCCGCCGCCCCCACCGCUGACGUGGCCCCCAAGAGGGUUGAGAUCCAAGUGUCCAAGCCGGCUGAGAUGCCUGCCUCCCCCAUCCCACCCCAGACCCUGGAGAAUUCAGAACCCGCCCCCGUGUCUCAGCUGCAGAGCAGGCUGGAGCCCAGGCCCCAGCCCGCCACGGCCGAAGCCCCACCCAAGAGCCAGGAGGCCACUGAGGCAGCUCCCAGCUGCGUGGGCGACAUGGCUGACACCCCCAGAGACGCCGGGUUCAAGCAGGCGCCCGUGCCGCGGAAUGAGAAGGCCCCGGUGGACUUCGGCUAUGUGGGGAUCGACUCCAUCCUGGAGCAGAUGCGCAGGAAGGCCAUGAAGCAGGGCUUCGAGUUCAACAUAAUGGUGGUUGGGCAGAGUGGCUUGGGGAAGUCCACCUUGAUCAACACCCUCUUCAAAUCCAAGAUCAGCCGGAAGUCGGUGCAGCCCACCUCGGAGGAGCGCAUCCCCAAGACCAUUGAGAUCAAGUCUAUCACGCACGAUAUCGAGGAGAAGGGUGUCCGCAUGAAGCUGACGGUCAUCGACACGCCGGGGUUCGGGGACCACAUCAACAAUGAGAACUGCUGGCAGCCCAUCAUGAAGUUCAUCAACGACCAGUACGAGAAGUACCUGCAGGAGGAGGUCAACAUCAACCGGAAGAAACGCAUCCCAGAUACGCGCGUCCACUGCUGCCUCUACUUCAUCCCUGCCACCGGCCACUCCCUGAGGCCCCUGGACAUCGAGUUCAUGAAGCGCCUAAGCAAAGUGGUCAACAUUGUUCCGGUCAUCGCCAAGGCCGACACGCUGACCCUGGAGGAGCGGGUCUACUUCAAACAGCGGAUCACCGCGGACCUGCUGUCCAAUGGCAUCGACGUGUACCCCCAGAAGGAGUUUGACGAGGACCCGGAGGACCGGCUGGUGAACGAGAAGUUCCGAGAGAUGAUCCCGUUUGCCGUGGUGGGCAGCGACCAUGAAUACCAAGUGAAUGGGAAGAGGAUCCUUGGAAGGAAAACCAAGUGGGGCACCAUCGAAGUUGAGAACACCACACACUGUGAGUUCGCGUACCUGCGGGACCUCCUCAUCAGGACGCACAUGCAGAACAUCAAGGACAUCACCAGCAGCAUCCACUUCGAGGCCUACCGGGUGAAGCGCCUGCACGAGAGCAGCAGCGCCAUGUCCAAUGGCGUUGAGGAGAAGGAGCCGGAAGCGGAGGAGAUGUAGACACCGCCCCACCCCAGGACCCUGCCCCGAGUCUGUCCCAUCCCCCCGGCCUGCCCACUGCCCCCUUUUAUUUUAUAUGGUUUUCUCCAUGUGUCGUGGUUCUCCGCCCCUUUCCAUGCUGCCGAGUAACAAGAUAACGAGUUCCCUCCUGACUAUGAUUGUCAUUAACCGCUGACAGUGGGGACCUGGGCGGUGGGGCCUCGGAGUGGAGGCUGGCUCUCUGGCCGUCCUCAGGUCUGGGGGAGCUGGACUGGCCAGGAGGGUGGGAGAGGACCCGCUGAAUCAGCGCCGACCCCCGACCCCAGGCCCAGCUCCCGGGGGCCCAGAGGAGCAGCCCCCCUGCACUUGGUCCCCCUCGGCCACAGCCCCUGGAGCAUGGCGGGGUUGUGCCCGUGGGAGGAUGGAGCCAUCCUGGUGGACCUGGAGCCCCUUCCUGCCCCUGCCUCCCCACGUGGCAUAGGCGGUAAUUCAGACCACGUAACUCAGAGAGCCCCCUGCCCUUACCCUACUCCCAAGGGGAGAAUAGUUAAUUCCACGAGACGCAAGUUGCCAAUUGCUUAGACACGGUGAGGCCUGUUGCCUGCUGCCCGCCCACCUGCCUGCGAGCCCGUCCUGGAGCAGAAAGUGCCUUUAUCUCAGCCGUCCACGCGAGCCAGCAGACUCUCCCCAGCUGUCCCCUCAGGGAACGGGACAAGUUGGAGAGAGGGUGUGUCUUCAUCUCCCCCUUGCCCCCUCCCCCCUCACUGGGAUUUGAUUACGGAUUCAAAGGAAGGAAAAAGAUGCACCCCACCCGCCCCCUCUGAUUUUUGGAAAGGUGCAAGCAAGUGAAUCUGGUGGAGGAGCUGAGAGAGGAAGCGGUGGCAGGUGCCAGAAGGAAGAGGGGGCCGUGUGGAUUGUGGUGGGAAUGUUCAGAGUGGCCCGAGUGGCCUUGGUGCCUACCCUGCCCCACCCCGCCCUGUGUGACUGGACAAGUGUGUGUGUUUGUGUCUGUCUAUCCAGACAUCUGUUUAGACAUCCAUUUGACCCAAGAUGCUCUGGUUAAAUUAAGGCCCAGUCGGCCAUCCCGGCUAUACACUCAGCCCUCCUGGUCCAGGCCUUGCUGAUGCUGCGACCUGGGGAAGUAGGAUGCCAGGCAAGCCUGACUGUCUGUUGCCCUGUGUGUGCCUCCGCCCCUGCACCCCAGAGCCAAAGGUAAAGACCCCCAGAGAGGGAGAGGUCAGGAGUCAGGUGUGCAUGGCCCGCAGCCGGCUGCAGAGGGGGGUUUCCCUGUCAGCAUGCCCGGCCGGUCUCCUGCUCCCUCACCCUCUCUGCACGAGGGGACCAGCAGGGACCGUCUGUGCCAGGCACAGCAGACUGCCGCCGCUGCUAACUGGCUCCUGGAGAGAGAGAGGUGUCUGGCUCAGGCCGAGGAGGUUAGACCCAGGUGAGGUGCACAUCCUUCUGCAGACCCCGGGCUUGCUUCCUGCAGCCGAUGAGAAGAGCAGUGGGAGGAGCGGGGUGCAGACAGACCUGGGGUGUGCUGGUAUGUGUGCGUGCAUGGAUGUCCCCACAUUGCAUGUCUGCCUCCUCCCCACCUAGGAGAGGAAGGACUCCUUAGCGUAACAGUUUCUUGCCGACUUGCCAUGUUUUUGCCAAAACUAGAAAUUUGAAGGACGUGCCCAUCUCCAGCGUGGGGGCCCGGGACAUGGGGCCGCCUUCCCCGGUGGGGUGCCCCGCCAGCCUCGUGCCGCUGGGGGCUCCGCAGCCCGCCCGGGUGGCUUUGCUUUCCUUCUCUGUAGCCAGAUUUUGAAAAAUUCUUAGUCUCACUGGGAUCGUUCCACAGUGGCCUUUCGCUCUGUGCCUCCUGAAAAAUUCGUCUCCUUUUGUAUAAAUAACUAAGUGUUGACAAUGUAUUUCCUGAAAUAAAUGUUACAAAUGCAAA